CACAUGCUUUCACAUCGAUCGCGGACUACUCCAAGCAAAGCAGCACCAUACAAAUCUGAUAAUCUGUAGCCAUGCAUCCACCAAAGACUUGCUUGGCUGGAGUCUACUUUGCUAUACCAGCCAGCGACCUAUGUAUCUAUCUUUAUUAUUACAAUACAUCAACCAGCCGCGCAAAUACACACACACACACACACACACACUGAGAAAACACAAUCUCGUACGUGUUGCAAGCUCUUCGCCCUUCUUCCUUCGAUCGAUCCACAAACUGUAAGCUACCAUCGUAUCUCUCUUGUUUAAGCUAGCUUUUCUCUAUUCCUUUUUAUCUCUUCUGAUUCUGAUCGAGCAUACAUGACCACACUCUCACUAUCUACCGAGUACUUACUGGAUUAUUUACACCAGAUAACUUACUCUGCUGCAAGCAAAUUGCGAUCUUUGUCUUAAAGAAUUACUCCAUAGUUAAUACCAAGGAAAGUGGUUUCAGUGGCCUCAAGUCUUUGCUUUGUGUUGAAUCUUGUUCAAGGAACCGAGAACGACGACAGUCUUGACGGGAAGAGAAAGGAAAAAAAAAACUCAAGUAGCGUUCUUUUAGGUAUAUGUUUUCAAGGAACCGAGAGCAACAAUCUUGUUCAAGUAGCAUUCUUUUUUUCCUGUUUUCUGCAGUGGUCAUGAUUUCCUUCCUAUGUUGGAUCUUCGGGUGAAACUCAACAUGUCUGUAGUGCUGUACAAAUAUAUUACACACCUUUUCGUUGCCAGUUUUUAAGCAAUUGGGCUAACUGUUUAGGUAUAUGCAAUUCAGUAUAUGAUACAUCGAUCACAUGUAUAUCGAUCGGUCGAUACAUAAUAAGCAUCCUUUUAGUUUAAUUACAGUUGCCUGAACUGAACUUCUGUUUUUAUUAUCAAAUUUAUUUAUGCAAAUUUAGGUAGCGCGACCGCCCAACGAUGAAGUUUAUCAUAGUUGGACAAUUCCUCUUGGUGCUCUUGGUUGCCUUUGCAAAUGUUGACACCUGCAGCUCCUUGUACGGAAACGAGACAGACCGGUUGUCACUGCUCGAGUUCAAGAAGGCAACUGUCGACCCACUGCGAUCCCUCAUGUCCUGGAAUGACAGCACCCACUUUUGUUACUGGGAAGGUGUUACUUGUCGAGCAAAAAAUCCUCGGCAAGUAAUUGCUCUUCAGCUUCCAGAUAAAGGUUUAGUCGGAAAAAUCUCCCCUUCGCUUGCAAAUCUAACACUCCUCAAACAUCUGCUCCUACAGACAAAUAAGUUCACUGGGCAGAUCCCACCAUCUCUUGGAAACUUGCAUUGCCUGCAACGCCUCGUGCUGAGUAAUAACACACUACAAGGAAUUAUACCUAGUUUUGCAAACUGUUCAAAUCUCAUAGGUCUAGGUCUAAAUGGCAAUAAUCUAGUAGGGCAAAUUCCUAUGGAUUUUCCUCUCAACCUUGAAGUACUCGGCCUUGGAGGUAAUAAUCUUACUGGAACCAUUCCGGAUUACCUUGCCAAUAUGACAGCACUAUUCUUAUUUGAAUGUUCAUCAAAUAAUAUACAAGGAAACAUCCCCAAUGGCUUUGCAACGCUACCCAGGCUACAGUUCCUAAGCAUUAGUAAAAACAAGUUGGUGGGUACGUUUCCACAAGCCAUCUUGAAUACGUCUACUCUUGCUAGUCUUGUCCUUUCGUUUAAUUAUCUUACUGGAGAGCUGCCAUCCAAUCUCGGUAAAUAUCUACCUAAUCUUCAGGAAAUCACUUUAGCCAAUAACUUGUUUCAAGGGCAUAUGCCCCCUUCCUUGAUAAACGCUUCACAGCUGUCCUUGGUUGAUAUAUCAUUGAACAGUUUCACAGGGGUGGUCCCUAGCUCCAUCGGAAAACUGACAAAACUGUAUAAGUUAAAUCUGGGGCAAAAUAAACUCGAAACACAUAGCGAUCAAGAUUGGGAGUUUAUGGAUAGCUUAGCCAAUUGCACACAACUACAAAUUUUUUCAAUCGCUUCCAAUUUUCUAGAAGGUCACGUACCAGCUUCAUUGGGUAACCUUUCUUCUCAGCUCGAUACUCUAUACCUGUCCGAAAAUAAAUUAUCAGGGAGUUUUCCUUCUGGCAUUGAAAAUCUUACCAACCUGACUAGAUUAAGUUUGUAUAACAAUCGAUUUACGGGUGAGAUUCCUGAAUGGCUUGGAUGUCUCAAGAAGUUACAGACUAUAUGGUUAUAUCAGAACAACUUUACAGGGUUCCUUCCAACAUCCCUUUCAAAUCUAUCUCAACUGGGCCAACUCCUUCUACGCUCUAAUAAGUUUGGUGGUCUCAUACCCCAGGCCUAGGAAACCUCCAAAUGCUUCAACAUUUAGACAUUUCCAACAACAGUCUUCAUGGUACGGUGCCAAAGGAGAUCUUUGGAAUCCCAACAAUAUUUUUAAUUGAUCUAUCUUUCAAUAACCUUGAUGGACGUCUUCCUACGGAGAUUGGCAAUGCCAAACAACUCUCAUAUUUGUCACUUUCAACAAACAAGCUAUCUGGAGAUAUUCCAAACACUCUGGGUAAUUGUGAAAGUUUGGAAGGAAUCAAUUUGGAUUCAAAUAUAUUUAGCGGUAGC